UGGAUCUCGAUGUGGAGGAACCGGUUGGUGCACCUCAGCCCGCCACAGCACGCGGAAGCGAUCUCGAGGCGGGAUGAGGCAUCGCGCGCAGGUGAUUCCCGCUCGUCUCCACGUCCGCCCGUGUUGCCCGAUGCAGGGACAAAGUGGAACUGGUCGGCCCGGCUGAGGAUUUUUAUUUAUUUAUUUUUAGCGAUGUCUCUCCUGACAAAAGGCACGUGUGUGGGUGCCGCGUGCCGCGUGGCGCUGGUGGUUUGCUGCUGCUCCCUUGCCUGGCUCCUGGGAGCCACGCUGGCUCACAUGCUGGCCAACGCCAGCGAGCACGGUGAGAUGCGAUACUUGGCGCAACUGAGAGGUGAGAUGCGAUACUCGGGGCAACUGAGAGCCCCUCCCCGGCCGAGCCACAACCGAUGUGGGCUGAUGUCGCAGUGCAGUCGCUCCGAGUUCGCCUUCAGCGUCUUCAGCGGCGCCGGCACCGACCACUACCCCCGGGUCUGCCUGGACGACCGCAUGAUAAUGAGCCGGAACCGGAACAACGUUGGAAGAGGCAUCAACAUCGUGGGAAUUAACUCUGUGACGGGCGAGGUCACCGACAGCCGCGUGUUCGACAUGUGGGGGCAUGACUGUGCGGACGAGGUGGUGCAGUACCUGGAGAGCGUCACAGACGGCACAAUCCUCUUCAUGGCAUCGCAUGACGAGGCCUCUACGUACACGAACGAGAAGGUGCGGGCGGCCCUGGGGCAGCUGGGCAGCACCAAGAUCAACGAGCUGCGGUUCCGUGACAGCUGGGUGCUCGUCACCGCCAAGGGCUACAGCCUGGGACGCACCUACGAGCAGAUCGUGCACAAGGACGAGGCGGUUCACCACGUGGGAGACUGGCCCAUGGAGGCUCAGACCGAGGGCUGCCUGAGCCACAGAACAUGAGGGGCAGCCCCCGGGACACGUCACGCGGACACAGGCACGCGGACACGUCACGCGGACACGUCACGCGGACACAUGGACACGCGGACACACAGGCACGCGGACACACGGGCACGCGGACACGUCCCGCGGACACACGGACACGACACGCGGACACGCAGGCACGACACCUGGACACGUGGACCUAGGGGAGGGCCCAGGAGAGCUUCAGAUAGUUAAUCGUCACCGGUGCUGGCCGUGAGCGGGAAUCUAAACACGGGUCGUAGCGCGCUAACCGCUGCACCACCGCUCCCCACCACACGCACACAAAUGGACACACGUGGUGGUUCGUAAUGGCCGUGUCAGACGUGCCGAGUCGGCCCUACGGGAGGAUCCUGUGUGCAUGUCCCCUCUGGAUCUUGAGUGUCUAUUGCUCUCGGUUAGGGGGGUGUUCAUGAUGGCCUCGUCAUCAUCGUCCGUCGCUUGUUGGAGAGGUUCGCGAUACGAAGCCGCUAGAGCAUCCCUGGCUGUUACUCAACUUGUAUUCACCCUUACCACUACUUUCUUAUCAUUACUACUACUACUUUAUUAUCAUUACUACUACUUUAUCAUUACUACUACUACUUUAUCAUUACUACUAUUACUACUUUAUCA